AUGCCUACCGAACUUGAAGAGUUGGUUGGAUUCCUUCACUCGCCACAACCCGCUGUUGUUCAAAUAGCUUUGGAUAAUCUUGUGGGAUUUUCUACAGGCACUCAUCAACAAGUUUUUGCCUACGACAAUUAUGAAGCAAUUAAAGACCUUAAAAAGUUGAGUCAAUCUAAUAGCAAAACUUUAGUGAGACAGUCUGUCACUAUACUUGCUAACUUAUGCGAUGAUAUAAUUAUGAGGAAUUUGAUUGUUGAAGAUUUUGAGUAUAUGAAUUUCUUGGUGCCCAAGAUCGUUUCUCUUGAAAAUUCCAAUGCUGAUAUAAUGUGUAUUCUUUUGAACAAUUUAGCUAAAAAUGAUGCUAUAAAUAGGGUAUUUGAUUUAGAAAUGGAAUUAAAUGAUGCACAAAAGAAGGUUUUCAGCUCAUCAAAGGCUAUUGAUUGUUUGAUGGAUUGUUUUGUUAAGGGGAAUGACUACAAGUUAAACACGCAUGCCAAUUUUGAUUACCUUGCGUAUUUCUUUGCUGACUUGUCGAGAUUCCAACAGGGACGGUCAUAUUUCAUUACGGAACAAGCAUAUGAUAAUGUUGUACCAAUAUCGAAGUUACUUGUCUUUACCGAAAAGUAUGACGAUAAGAUCAGAAGGGAAGGUGUGGCAUUCACCAUUAAGAAUUCUUUAUUCGACACCAAUGCACACAUGAAGUUAUUGACUGACCCGAAAAUAAAUAUACUACCGUUCCUACUCUUGCCAUUAGCUGGUCCAGAGGAGAUUGACGAAGAUGAGGUAUUUGAUUUACCUGAUGAAUUGCAAUUGUUACCUCCAGAUAAGGAAAGAGAACCAUUAACAGGUAUACAAUGUACUCAUUUGGAAUCAUUGCUUUUAUUAUGCACAACAAAACCUGCUAGAAUAUAUUUUAGAGAAAAGCGGGUAUACUCUAUAAUAAGAGAGUUGGAUAAGGCAAGUCAAGACGAAAAUGUGAGAGAAUUGUGUGAUAGGAUUGUGCAAUUAUUGCAAAGAGAUGAAGCUCCCGAUUCGGCUGAAAUUGAAGCGCUCGAAAGCGACGAAGACGAUGAUAAAAUCGUUGAAAUUGUAUGA